ACUAACAAGCUUUUCUUCUGCAGAUGAAAGCGUGGAGCGCUCACGAGCAGGACACGACGCUGUCUUGCUGCCGGACGCUGCACGUCAAACACGCUGCUUAUGCUAGCGCCCUCUAUACACUGAAUAUAUCAAUACUAGUGGUGCUGUUGUACAGUUGGCGGAUCGGUGUUAAUGCGAAGAGGUAUAAGGAGUUAGACGACGUUUAUUAUGGUGUGCAGAUAGCAUAUUUCGCGAUAAUAGGAACGCAAAUGUUCAUGAUCGUGCUCAGCAUAUUCCUCUUCUAUGGAAUUUAUAAAGAAAACGUGGCGUUUCUAGUGCCGUGGGUGGUCGGCUGUAUGACCUUCAUGGCCCUCGAGGCGAUGGCCAUGGUUUACUCUAAUAUACUUAGAGAUCAUGUUAACAAGGCACUUAAAAGGACUGAUGCUUAG